CUUUUCUUUUUCUUUUCAGGGCASAGUACAGAGCUAUGAUAGCAACUGGAGGAGUCAUAACAGGACUGGCUGCCUUAAAAAGGCAAGACUCUGCCAGAUCUCAGCAACAUGUAAAUCUUGCCACGUCGCCAGCUUCUGAGGAGAAGAAGCCAGUCAGGCGCCGGCCCAGAGCAGAUGUAGUAAUUGUCAGAGGCAAAAUCCGGCUUUAUUCCCCAUCAGGGUUCUUCCUGGUUUUGGGAGUGCUUAUUGCGUUCUUGGGAAUUGCAAUGGCCAUCCUUGGAUACUGGCCCCAAAAGGAGCAGCUUUUAGGAUCUGAAGAUAAUCUACCAAUAAAUGAAACUCAGGCCCUAAGAAGCCAAGGAAGCAUUUUACUUCGUUUCUUUGAACAGCAUGUGCACUCAGAUAAGAUGAAAAUGUUGGGUCCUUUCACUAUGGGCAUUGGAAUCUUCAUUUUCAUUUGUGCCAAUGCCAUUCUCCACGAAAACCGGGACAAGGAAACAAAAAUCAUACACAUGAGAGACAUUUACUCCACRGUAAUAGACAUCCACACGCUGAGGGUCAAGGAGCAAAGGCAGCUGAGUGGCGCCUUCAGUGGCUUCUCCGGGGAAGGGGAGCUCAGGCCCAGCGGGAGCCCGUGUGCCUCGCGGCUGGCUGCAAACACAGUCGCGCCUUUCUCUGGCUUCAGGGGGAACUGCAGAGUGGAUAGUUCUGCUGAUGAAGAGGAGGUUGCCCUGAAUGAAGAUAGGACCACUGCUAGCCUUCUGCCACCGCUGGUGACUGAGCAAUCUGGUUCGGUCUUUGGACUUUGCCCUCACUCCAGCAAGAGUUCAGAUGACAAAAGCACUACCUCUAUAAAGUGCGAAACAAAAUCUAUCGUAUCAUCUUCUAUUAGUGCUUUCACACUGCCAGUAAUUAAGCUGAAUAACUGUGUUAUCGAUGAACCCAGCAUAGACAACAUAACUGAGGACUUGGAGAUCACCAGGAGUCGGUCUAGAAAUCUGUCAAUGGAUUCUCUAGCCAUUCCCGUAGCUGAUACCCAUGAAUCCUACAGACCGGUGACUACCUUGCUACCACGGCACAAUUCAUUUGUUGACACUCCGUCUGAUCAGUUCAAAUCCUCUAUGACUCUUGGACCAAGCACAGGAAAGCUUUUGUCCCCUGGGGCUGCCAGAAAACAGUUUGGGUCCAACACAUCUUUGCAUCUUAUGUCUUCACAUUCGAAGUCCCUGGACCUGGACAGAGGUCCAUCCACACUCACUGUCCAAGCCGAACAAAGGAAACAUCCCAGCUGGCCCAGACUGGAUCGAAGUAACAGUAAAGGAUAUAUGAAACUAGAAAACAAGGAGGACCCAAUGGACAGGUUACUUGUGCCACAAGCAGCAGUAAAAAAAGACUUUACUAAUAAGGAAAAGCUUCUUAUGAUAUCAAGAUCUCAUAAUAAUUUGAGUUUUGAACAUGAUGAGUUUUUGAGUAACAACCUAAAGCGGGGAACUUCUGAAACACGGUUUUAGUAUUUAAAUUACAAUUUACAAAAUGUCAUACUGUAUUUUUUAAAAAUAAACAUUUUGACAAGUAUUUCCUUUUCAGUGAUUUUAACUAAUUGCUUGACAGCACAUUAAAAUUGGCUUGUGUGAACAGAGAUCUUCAUCUUCACAAUGCCAAGAGAUUUUUGUCUUACAGUGGCAAUACUGUACGUUAUCAUUGCUCAGAGGAUUCUGGUACCACUGAUUCCAUUCUGGUUCCAAGUCACYAUUCUUUUUGUUCUGUAUAGGCAUGUUACUUUUUAUCAACUUAAUUCCAGAAGCCUGCAUUAGAAUAAAAGCUCUGUUUACCUGUAACUUCUGUUUAUUCAAUGAUUGCAAGAUUCUGAAUUUAGUGCUUGCAGUCUAGAAUGGAAAAUGAGCAGGAGCGCGUGGAGGAAUUGUCAAAUUCAGGCCCAUAUCCUAGCUGUUGUCUUUUACCUAUGAGACAUCUUGGUAACUACCAACUUGCCGUCAUCAUCGUGAGAAAUUGUUUACAUAUUGAGUGGGUGGCUAGAAAAGGGUAGGCAUAAUUAAAACCGUUUUUGUGACUUCAUUGUAAUUGGUCAAGUUGAAUACAAGUGUUGUGAAUUAUUAAGUAUGCUUUGUAUGAUAACCUUUCUAUAUUCAUUAUAAUUUAAUAUUGUAAUUCCAGGAAAUCAUAUAUAAAAUAGUCAUGGAUAAGAAAUCUGAAAACUCUACUGUGAUUAGUUAUCAUCGAAAGCAUUUUGAUUGGCAGCAAUUUUAAAAUCCAGAAAUAUGGAUUGAAUUAAAAUCUGAUGAGUGUCAUCCUGAUUUUAGAAAGCUGGUGAAUAGUAAAACGAUAUUAUGACACGAAUCUGAAGUUAAUAAUGGCAAAUGAAUAUACUGCCUCUCGUUACAAUAGCCAGCAGUUACAUAAUUAGAUCUCUUGUGUUUGAAAUAAUGAAACAAAGCA